AUGAUUUUAUGGCUACAGUAUAGCUUAGAGAAUACAAGAAGCAUGGCAUCAUUGUCAAUGGCGAUUUUCUCCCUGAGGAGCUACUGCUCUUGCAAUUACGUUUCUACCAAUAGGAACAUCACCGCCACCACCUCCACAGCAGGCCUUGAUUUGAGAUUGUCACUCUCUUCUAAUCCCAAGAGGAGAAGGGUUCUUCAACAUGCGGGCCAGCCUCUAUCAGCAGUUGGUUCAGGGUUGGAGGCGUCGAUUACAGAUCCAAAGGACAAUGCAAUAACCUUGAAAAAUGCUGAAGUAGUGUUAGAGUCCAGGGAAGAAAACAAGAUUCAGCUGCGAGUGGAGUUGCCUGGAGAUGAGACACAGAAGGUGUUUGAUAAGGUUUUGAUAGAUCUGGGUCGCUCGGCGCCACCAAUUCCUGGGUUUCGAAAGGUAAAGGGAGGAAAAUCAUCAAAGGUCCCACGUGAUUUCCUCCUACAGAUUCUUGGCGAAGAGCGAGUAACCAACUUUGUCAUACUAGAAAUAAUUACCUCAUCCGUUGCAAAUUAUGUGAAGAAGGAAAAUCUGAAUGUGAAGGACGACAAAGUUACCACUAUCCAAAAGCCAGAAGAACUCAAGAAGUUGUUCACACCUGGGAAUGCUUUUGGAUUUAAUGCUGUUCUAGAGCUUGAGGAAAUCAAAACUGAAACAUCAAGUUGAGGCUUCCCAGAUUUGUAGAGCACUGGUACAAUGAUAAUUCUCUACUAUCAUAGAAAUAUUUGUUAUUUUAAAUUACAUAUGAACUCCUGCAGUUGUCUAUAAUAUCAACAAAUUCAAAGUAUUGUACAUAUUCAAACGUGUUAUGAUAUUCAAACGCUUUCCUAAUGGCAUCAAAAUUGUUUGGUUUUCUUUUA